CGUUUAGCAAGUCAUUCUAACACAUAAAAUAUUUUCAUAUUUGCGUUGGACGUAGUUUCUGUUAAACAUAACGGUACUUUUCACAAUGUACAUUGAUUUUGAUCUUUUGUCGCUGCAAAGGAAAGGGUGUCUUGCGGCAGUAUGGCUGGCGGCGACAAAUAAAACAUUGUUCCGGCGACAUUUCAAACGAGGUCAAUGCGACAGGAUUGUCAUAGAUGAUUUAUGCAAGUCAAUUCUCGAUUGUGCGAACACCAAUAAGCCACUGAUACUAGUGGCCAAGCUAGCAUACGGAGCCACGUAUAUCUACCAGCAACAGGUUCAAUUUCUAUACGAUAGAGCCAGCUCUGCAUUAUGUAACCAAUCGAUUGCAUUCAAGAAAUUAACGAAGCGGGAAACACCGCAUCAAACUGACAAGAAAUUUGAACAGAACGAAAUAACGUUCGAAGAUGUUUUGGAUAGUGCGGCUCUUUCGACAGAGGCCGUCAUAUCACAGCUGAUGUUUAGUGAUGUGCAGACACAUGUUCAACGUGUAGACAGCAUUACUCUCGAGGAGACGAGUACUUACACUACUAUUACAGCCAACGGAAAAUUGUUUGAUGCAGAGACAGAUUUUGGUGAAAUGCAUAUGAACGAUGUUAAUGAAUUUCUUGAUGCAAAUGUAAAUUCAACCAUUCAAGUGAACUCUACUGGCAUUGUAGAGUCCUACUAUGAUGAUCAUACUUUACGAGACGUUUCUGUACCAGGAUCCAACUUGGAGUGUCCUUCCAUUGCCAUUUUAAACAUGCCAAUCGUAAGUACUCUGCAUUUUGAUCAAAUAAAUGGCCCAAAUAUAAAUAAUAACACUCGGGACGCCGAUGAAUUUUCAGAGAGAUCUUCGCAAAGGACUGGCAAAAGCAACCCAAAUAGAAUUUCAUUAUCCAGAAACUCUCAAGAGAGGUUGGACCUUGUAAGUAUAACUCCUUCAAUAAUAGCGCGAAAACGGAAACCAACUAGUCGGUUGACUAUCGAUAAGAAAAAUAAGUUGGAUGCCGAUAUUAUGCAGCGUGCAAUGAAGGAAAGCUUUGUUACUCAAAGGUGCACGGAUCCACGCACAGAUAUAAUACCGAUUCACAAAAUUCGUUAUCCAUUCGAUGGCGCGGCAUUGAUUUUACAGUAUCCUGUUCGCAACAUACGUUCGUCUUUGCUACCAUAUCUUUUCACACGAAAUACUCGAAAACGAUCAGUGCCUAUUGAAGACAAUGUAGUUCAAUCAUGGGUCGAGGAACUUGAAACCACAAAGAAAAGAAAAACUGGAAAAGAAACAUAUCCGAAUAGUAUUUUGCAAUCUGGUGAACAGCUCCAUCCGCUUCUAGAACAAGUACAUCCAUUUGAAAUAAUGGCACCACCAACGGAAACGUCGAAAACCGCGGAAACAGAUUCAAUGAAAAUCAAUGCAUUUGAUGAGGAAAACCUUUUGAAAGUACUAUCACGUUUCUGGAGGAAUAGUACACAAGCCAUCCACUUCAAAUUUAUUGAGGAGUAUUUUUCCAGUAGAUCGGAUGCUGCCACCUGUUUUGCAUCGAUUUUGGUGUUGGUUUCGAAACAAAUUAUUGUGGUAAGUACAAAUCAACAAAAUAACAUUGUUGAAAUCAAACAAGGACGAAAUUUCCAGUGAUGUUUAUCACAAGCUUCAUAUAUCAAUUGUCAUCAAUCGAAAACAUUUUAAUCUACAAUAAGCUCAACACAGCAUCAUUAUAUAGAGAUUGCAUUAUUUAUUACUGUUUUAAUUCAAUUGAUUGUGAAACUAUGAAAUUGUGUAAUUGAAUAAA